UCAUCAUGCAAAGCAAACAAAAUUAAAUUUCGUUCAUAUAAUCAUCAUGAAUCAAUGACCAACCAAACAAACGCAUCUCGGUCACCAAGUCCAGUGAACAAUCAACAACAACAACAACAACAAUCACAAGUAUCAAAGCCAUUAUUAUUGAAAUUGGAUCAAAAUUGUUUGGAAUCUAUAACGUCAACUCAAUCAUCACUAUCGUCGACAUCACCAACACAGCAACAACAGUCGAAUAAUAAUCGUUUUGAUUCAAGUCCAAUAUCGAAUCAGGAUAGUAUUGCCACGGGAUCAGGUGGAUCCAAUGGUUAUAGUCCAAUAUCCGGUAUACAACACUUUGGUGUUCAACCAUCAUCAUCGACAUCAACGGAUGCUGCUGCUUCUGCUGCUAAUUCACAUACACAAAUAGCAGCAGCAGCUGCUGCUGCCGCAUUUUUUGGUGGUAACAAUUCAUUAGCCGCUUUUCUUCAGCAUCAUCACCAUCAUCAUAAUCAUCCACCACAACAUACAACAGCCGGAAAUGGUACACCGAAUUUUUAUGUUGGAUCUUCAGCAGCUACCGCUGCCGGAGCUCAACAUUCACAUCAUCCUCAACAUCAUCAUCCGCAUACACAUCAUGAUCUAAUUCUACAACAAAUGCAACGUGCAGCUGUUGUUGCUGCCGCAACUGCAUCACAUGUAGCUGCUGCUGCGGCUGCUGCUUCUACACAUCGUCGUCGUAAAGCAAGAACCGUAUUCUCUGAUCAUCAAUUACAUGGAUUAGAAAAAAGAUUUGAAUCACAACGUUAUCUAUCAACACCGGAACGUUUAGAAUUGGCAACAAAUUUAAAUCUAAGUGAAACACAGGUUAAAACAUGGUUUCAAAAUCGUCGUAUGAAACAUAAGAAAUUAUUACGAAAAAAUAAUCAAUCAUCAUCGAUUAUCAAUAAUAGUGGACAACAACAACAAUCAUCA